AUGAAGAGGAAGGACAGCACAAUACAAGGGCCCCCCAGCAAAAGGCAGAGGUGUGCCAGUGGACCCACUCAGCUGGCAUUCAAACCUGUGCCAACAAAGGCUGUCAAAAGGAAGGCCAGCACUGAAAUGGGGCUUCUGGCCUCAGAGACUCCCAGGACCGCAAACAGGGAGCGCACCUGUGACCCUUCCCCAGGCUGCAGCAGUCCAUCAGCAACCAACAGUGGGAGUGCAUUGCUCCCAUUUGCAUGUGACACCAGCACCCAACACAACCACAGGUUGGGAGAAAAUUACAGGGUGUGUGUAAAGAAGAGGAAGGCCAGCACAACACAAGGGCCCCCAGCAAAGGCAGAGGUGUUCCUCCAGUCCAUCAGCCACCAUACCAAACAGAGAGAGUGCAUCCCUCCCAUUGGCGACGUACCUGGAGCUUUACAAGCUUGGAGAAGGAGCCUUCUGUUCAGAGUAUGCUGGGUGGAGAAUGACGGACAGAUUUUCAGUGGCCAUCAAACACAUCCUGAAAGAAGAUGUGGAGUAUGCACAAGUCUUAAAUGGAAGACUUCCAUGGUCCCAUUGGAAGUUCUCCUCAUGACCAAAGUGGGAGGUGGACCAGCCUCAGGAGGCACUUCUGCAGCAGUCUCACUUCUAGACUGGUAUGACCUAGAGCAGGAGGUCCUUCUGGUCAUGGAAAGACCAUUCCCAUGUGUGAGCCUGUUGAAGUAUAUGGAGAACAGUGGUGGACCCCUGAAGGAGGAUAACAUCACAAGGCAGCUGGUGGAUGCAGCCAUAACAAUGCACACCAAAGGCAUCUUCCACGGUGACAUCAAGGCCGAAAACCUGCUCCUUGAAACCGGCUCCAGUGACCCUCGAGUGCGGGUCAUCAACUUUGGAUGUGGCUGCUUGGUACAGGAAGAGCCACACUUCAUCUUCUCUGGAACCUCAGCGUACACCCCUCCAGAGGUCUUAAUAUGCGGGAGGUAUGAAGCUGCGCCCACCACAGUAUGGCAGCUGGGUGCUCUGCUUUAUAAAAUGCUGGAUGCAGAGCAAUAUUUUUCCACCUCUGAGUUCCUCCGUGGGAGAAUUCAUUUCAACAAAGACCUCUCCCAAGACUGCCAGAAAUUUUUGGACCAGUGUUUAGCUACAAACCCAAAUCAGCGAGCCACCUUAGAGCAGAUUCAGCGGCACCCCUGGCUGCAGAAUCAAGCCCAUGUCAACACUUAA